UGGGCGUAGUCUAGACCACUAGAUCAAAAGAAGAGUUGCAGAAAAGCUGUUAAAAAUCUUUGAGCCAUAUUAAAUAGCUUGUAAAAGCUGUGCACUGCGACAGUUGCUGCAUAAGAAUUGGAGUAAGAACAUCGAGGACAUGGCGUGGUGUUAGAAGCUAGCAAGAUCACCUCAAAGACUCCCCUUGAAGACAGAAGACCCGAUCGCCCAUGGCACCAGGACACGGCCUAGUAGUAGCAACCCAGCAGACUAACGGAACGACAUAUAAUCCAGGACUCCUCUCUCUGAGCUCACCUCUGCAAAAAUCUCAGGUUGAUCAGCUGACGAUGUCAACAGUGUUGGAGACACGGCUGCAUGCAGCGUUGGCAACAGAGCAACACGCACCUCCUCCUACACAGAUCUACUAUCAGGAGGAGAGUGACUCGGAAUUUGUGAACUCGUACGACAGAGAUGAGAUGGUGAGAUGGCUGUGUCUACUGACACACGACCUCCAUUACCGACUAGAGGUAUUCUUCAGAGCUACCAAUCUCUUGGAUACUUUCCUCUCUCUGGUCAAGGUUAGGCCCAAGUAUUUGCAAUGUGUGACUGCAACAUGCUUCUAUAUUGGAGCUAAGCUGGAGGAAAAAGCUGAGGCUCUCCAGUCGCUGUUGGAGGUGUUAGUACAAGGCUAUGGCUGUGAGUUCUCUCAGAGGGACAUUCAGAGAAUGGAGCUGAUUGUCAUGCAGAAACUCGACUUCAAACUGACUAACUACACUCCUCAUGACUUCCUCAAAAUGUUUCACUUGGUGGGUGUGACAGAGGGCUCCCUCUCACUGCCCGGCUGCCUCUCCCCCGAACAGCACCUCUGUCAUACCUCCCUCUGUCUUGAGGCCAUUGUCACUAACCACACUCUCAUGAAGUUCAGGCCCUCUCUGUUAGCCCUAGCCGUCCUCGGCUGUGACCUCAAGCUCCUCGGCUGUGAUUGGCUAACAGCUGUUGUCACGCUUCAGUCCCUCUCCAAGAUCCAAGGCCGUGAGCUCUCUGUCUGUUAUGAGUCUGUCCUGUCCGAGUACUCGUCGGUGGCUCUCCAAUACCCCCUCCUAGUGACCCCCUACAGUGCCCCUGUGGUCGAACCCCCCAGGGAGGGAACACAAGAGACGUCAUCGUUCAAUCUCUGUACUCGAACCGAUCUCGAAGAUUUGCCACCUGCCAGUGUGGGCAAGCACCUCGUUCCCAAGAAGACGCUGAUUGCUGCUCAGUGAUGUGUGACCUCUCACAAUUUGUUUGCUUCUACUCGAGUUUUAGAUACAUGUAUACCUGUAGUGCACAUCAUGUGCUCUUGUUGACUGUUUCCAUAGUAUCACUUGUAUUACUAUAGCUAUAUCACAUGUAACCUAUGCAUGCCUAAUCACAGAGCAUACAAUUCUCGUCCCAACGACCCAAUAAACUCCCUCAAAAUCAUAUACCAUUGAUUGUGUGCAUUUACCGUUCAUUUUGUGUGUGGAUGUAUAAUUAUGUCAGCACAUGUAACAGGUGUCUGUAUUUAUGUCAGGUAUAAAUCCGUUAUUUUUAUACUCGUAUUUGCUUUGGUAGUUUACUAAACGUUUAUUUUUAACCCCACGUUACGUACAUGUACAUCUCACCUAGUGUGCACAUGCAGUUUGUGUUCAUUUCUGAUCAGAUCAAAUUAAUAAUUAUAAAUUAUUAUGCUCAACAGAAUUGAUGAUGAAAAUGAUUGAUUUGAACACAA